AUGCUUACUUUAUUGCUCUUUUUAACAAUCAUCAUCAGAAGAAGAGGCCAUUGUGCUCUGUUUUCAUCAUCUUCUUCAUCAUCGUCAUCAACUCUUCCACUGGAACGACGUAGACUAAACUAUUAGUAUUAUUUGCAAAUGCAAAUGGGAAAUCGUGGUCAUAAAAGAGCUGAAACAGCUGAUGAGUUGCCGGCAGAUAAGCGAGCCUGUACUUUGUCGGAGUUCCGACCAAGUACCUCAAAUUCAUCAAUUCAAACACCAACAAAUUCGACUCAUGAAACACAUGAUGCUGAUAUGGAUUCAUCAUCAGCAACUUCAGGGUCAGCACGAUCAGAUGGUGAAGGGGAGAGGGACUCUGCAUAUGGCUCUUGUGAUUCGGACAAUAACUACCGCGAUUACUAUAGGCGAGGAUCUUCUGGUGAUCAAACCAAGUUCAACAGAGUCUUGUCCAGUUUAAAUGAAGACCAUGACGAAUCAGGGCAGUUAGCUGCCCUUACCGAACUCUGUGAAUUGUUGUCUUUUUGUACCGAUAAUUCAUUAUCUGGUCUAAUGGCAGAUUCAUUCUCUCCAGUCCUCGUAAAAUUGGCCAGGCACGAGAGCAAUCCCAACAUAAUGCUUUUGGCCAUUAGGGCUAUAACUUAUUUUUGUGAUGUUCAUCCACGCUCUUCAGCUUAUCUGGUUAGACAUGAUGCGGUUCCUGCUCUAUGUCAAAGAUUGCUGGCCAUCGAAUACUUAGAUGUAGCUGAACAAUGUUUGCAAGCAUUGGAGAAAAUUUCACGUGAGCAGCCACUUGCUUGCUUGCAAUCUGGUGCAAUUAUGGCUGUUUUAAACUAUAUUGAUUUCUUCUCAACAAUUGUGCAGAGGGUUGCACUGUCCACUGUGGUAAAUAUAUGUAAGAAGCUUCCCUCUGAAUGCCCUUCACCAUUCAUGGAUGCAGUUCCGAUAUUGUGCAAACUUCUUCAAUACGAGGAUCGGCAGCUUGUUGAGAGUGUUUCUACUUGCUUGAUUAAAAUAACGGAAAGAGUAUGCCACAGCUCUGAUAUGCUGGAUGACCUUUGUAAACAUGGGCUGGUUCAACAAGCCACGGAUCUCAUAAACUUGAAUAGUCGAACUUCAUUGUCCCCCCCGAUAUAUCUUGGUUUGAUAGGAUUGCUUGCCAGACUGGCAUCUGGUUCUAUUGUUGCUGUCAGGACUCUUUUUGAGAUUAAUGUAAGCAGCAUAUUGCAGGAUAUAGUGUCUAGAUAUGACCUCGCACAUGGCAUGCCUUUUAAUGCAAUGGUUGAUGGGCAAUGCAAUCAGGUGCAUGAAGUUUUGAAGUUGCUGAAUGAGCUUCUUCCUGCCACCACCAGAGAGCAGGAUAAUCCACUAGCUUCAGACAAGGAAGCAUUCUUGACUAGUCGACCUGAUCUCAUGCAAAGGUUUGGGUUGGAUUUACUUCCUGUUCUGAUCCGGGUGGUUAAUUCUGGUGUGAAUUUAUACGUUUGUUAUGGAUGUUUAUCCGUUAUCAACAAGUUAGUUUAUUUCAGCAAAUCUGACAUGCUUCUAGACUUCCUUCAAAGCACCAACAUCUCAAGUUUCUUGGCAGGAGUGUUUACCAGGAAGGAUCAUCACGUGCUUCUAUUAGCACUUCAAGUUGUUGAGACACUUCUGCAAAAGCUGCCUGAUGGUUUAUUGGAUUCUUUUAUAAAGGAAGGUGUCUGCUUUGCUGUUGAUUCGCUUUUAUCCCCAAAAAGGUCGUCGCAGUUUAUGUUUUCUACAUUAAGCGCCAUGGAGUACUCUGACGAUGCAAGCCAAAAAUCAGCUUCAAGGGAUGCUAGAUGCCUAUGUUUUGCUUUUGAUACUGGUCAGUGUCCAACGAUUUCGAGGACUUUAACUUGCAAGCUUGACAAGGAUUCCAUUAGGAAUCUCGCAGAGCAUAUAAAGACCAGUUAUUUUGCAACAGAGGCCAUUAACCCUGAGAAAGGACUGACAGAUAUUUUGCAGAAGCUUAAAACUUUAUCUUCUGUAUUGGCUGAUCUGGUGAACACACACAUGAAUGACACAAUUUCUGAACAACAUGAAGAAGAGUUCUAUUGUAUAUUGUUGGAGAUUAUGUCAGUUCUUGCUGGAAAAGAUCCCAUUUCCACUUUUGAGUUUGUUGAGAGUGGAAUUGCAAAGUCAUUGCUUAAUUACCUAUCUAACGGGCAAUAUAUGGAAAGGAAGGCUGGUGUUGAUGGGGCAUGCUGUCAGCUGUGCAUUGUAGAGAAAAGAUUUGAGUUGUUAGGAAAUCUACUUUUGUCUUUUCGAGACCCACAUAUUGCGGACUUUCCUCUUCCUGCUUUGGUCCGUAGAUUACAGAGCUCGCUGGCUUCCUUGGAAACAUUUCCUGUCAUCUUGAGCCACUCAUCCAGGGUUAGAAGUUCCUAUGCCACUGUUCCACAUGGACGGGGCACUUCAUAUCCUUGUCUGAAAGUUCAGUUUGUGAAGGGAGAGGAAGAUGUAUUUCUGGGAGAUUAUUUAAAGGAUGUUGUAAAUGUCGACCCCUUCUCAACCUUGACAGCAAUCGAUGGAUACAUGUGGUCAAAGGUGAGUGUAAACAAAAGUGAGCAAGCAAAAUCAGCCACCCUGGAGGAGAGUUCGUCUUUUCGAAGCAGAAGUCUCGAUAGUGUGGAAUCAAAUAGCAUGUUAAGUCAUGCAAAUGAAAUGCAGGAAGAGAGAUCUUUCUCUGGCACGGGAGAAAUAGCCAGUGUUGGUGAUAAUCUUGUGAAUUCAGCGGAUUUGAAAGACUUGGAUAAUGAGACUGUGGAGCAAGAGCAAGAAGGAUCUGUUAACAAAAGUACAGACAGUCAUGGAUGCAGCAAAAAUGAAGAUUCUUCACCAAAAUUGUUUUUUAACUUAGAAGGGCAGCAGUUGGACCAUCGCUUGACACUCUAUCAAGCCAUCAUCCAGCAACAAUUGAAAGAAGAAAUUGAUAGUUCUUUGAGUAGUAAAUUGUGGAGUCAAGUGUACAAAAUUUCUUACAGAAAAGCUGUCAAUCCUAAGAAUAACUUAGCUGAACAGUGUAGUUUUCAGGGUCAUGAUUUUUCUUCAUCAGACAAAGCUACACGAAGCUGCCAGUGCGUUUCUUUUUUCUCUGACAUCUUUUAUUCGGAUUUUGCUGAUCUCAAUAAGUUUAGUCCAACUUAUGAUAUGAUAUGUCUGCUCAAGAGUUUGGAAGGCAUGAACAGGUUAAGAUAUCAUGUGAUGUCUCGCGAUAGAAUGAAUAGUUUUUUGAAAUGCCAAAUAGAUAAUUUGUAUGACUGGAAGGUUGAAGCUUUUGGUGUUUCCCAGAGUGAGUUUGUGAAUAGUAAGCUCACAGAAAAAUUAGAACAGCAGAUGCGUGAUCCUUUAGCAGUGUCUGUUGGGGGCAUGCCAUCGUGGUGUUCCCAGUUAAUGGCUUCGUGUCCUUUUUUAUUUGGAUUUGAGGCAAGAUGCAAAUAUUUUCGUCUAGCUGCAUUUGGCCAGCCUGCUGUUAGACACCAUGUAUCAUAUAAUGACGAUGUAGGUGGCAUCAAUGGCAUGAGGCAAAAUAGUGGCAGCUAUCCUCGUAAAAAGUUUUUGGUUCACCGAAACAGAAUUCUCGACUCUGCUGCCCAGAUGAUGAAUCUCCAUGCACAUCAAAGGGUAGUCCUGGAGGUGGAAUACAAUGAUGAAGUUGGAACUGGUCUUGGUCCAACACUAGAGUUCUACACGUUGGUCAGUUAUGAGUUUCAGAAGGGUGGCCUGUGCUUGUGGAGGGAAGAUCACGCAGCAAGUAGUUGCAUCAAUGGCUCGGAGGCUGAUAAUUCUAAGAUUUUGGUGUCUCCAUUGGGACUUUUUCCUCGUCCUUGGUUACCUGGGGUGGACAUAUCUAAUGGCAUACAGUUUUCUGAAGUGACCAAAAAGUUUGUCCUUUUGGGGCAAAUAGUGGGUAAGGCUCUUCAAGAUGGAAGAGUUUUGGAUCUUCCUUUUUCCAAGGCCUUCUAUAAACUCAUCCUUGGGAAGGAACUCACGGUUUAUGACAUCCAGUCCUUUGAUGUUGAACUUGGUAGAGUUCUUUUGGAAUUUCAGGCUCUUAUUGAGAGAAAGAGGUAUUUAGAAUCUAUUAGUCCGGGAAAAUCAUCUAUGGAUUUGGACUUCUUCCACGGCACAAGAAUUGAGGAUCUUUGCCUUGACUUUAGCCUUCCGGGGUAUCCAGAUUAUGUGCCUGAGUCUGUUUCUGACUCAAAAAUGGUGAAGAUGUCAAACCUACAGGAGUACAUAUCGUUUGUUGUCGAUGCUACCAUAAGAACAGGGAUUUCCAGACAAGUAGAAGCUUUUAAGUCAGGUUUUGAUCAGGUUUUCCCCAUCAGACACCUUCAGGUGUUCACUGAAGGUGAAUUAGAGCGCUUAUUAUGUGGGGAGCGUGAGCUUUGGGAUUCAAAUGCGCUUGUGGACCACAUCAAAUUUGAUCAUGGGUAUACUGCUAGUAGUCCUCCUAUCCUGAAUUUUCUGCAAAUUAUACAAGAGUUCAACUAUGAGCAGCAGAGAUCAUUCUUGAGGUUUGUGACAGGAGCACCUCGGCUCCCUUCUGGGGGGCUGGCAUCUCUCAACCCAAAAUUGACUAUUGUCCGCAAGCAUUGUAGCAAAUGGGUUGACACUGACUUGCCAAGCGUGAUGACCUGUGCAAAUUACCUGAAGCUGCCACCUUACUCAUCAAAAGAACGGAUGAAAGAGAAGCUUCUGUAUGCCAUAACAGAAGGACAAGGCUCUUUCCACCUCUCAUAGCCUCUUAUGGGCAGGCAGACAAGGUAGGUAGCAGAUGUGAAUAUUCUCACAUACGUGGCGGCGCAGGUGUACAUAAGGUGACUUGGUAGGUAUUAGACAGUGUGUGGUUGGGGGAGCUUAUUGGGAUGGGCUCAAGGGGAAGCUCCAGCUUCACGCGAUAAUACGCUAGUGAGUUGAUUCUGAUUGUUUAGUUCGAGCUGUAAAUUAUACAGGGAAGCGGUGUGGUUUUUAAGGAAUUAGAGUAGGUUAGUGUUCAUAUCCUCUGUAAUUAUCCAUGUAUAGCACUGAGGUGUGCUUAAAUAUCAGAUACCUUUGAAUUUUAAUUCAUCCCGAAAAUAUUUGAACAUUAUUGAUUAUUA